AAACAAAUUCUCUCUCUCUCUCUCUGUGUGUGUGUGUGUUGGUGACUAAUUAAUGAGUGGACUCAGGGAACAUUUAUACCUUUAGUGGUGACCCCAACAAUAUUUCAAGCAGGCUUGUGGUCAACUUGGUUGGGCGUGGUUUGUUUCUUAAAGAUGUUUCAAGCUUUAGCUAGGGAUCGACUUGAACGUCUGAAUGCUUCUCCUUCUGCAAUUCCACGGACAUAUUUCCGUGUGUAUUCUGCAUUGUUGCUGGUUUUCUCUGUUGACUUGCUCUGGAUUUGGCUAUGUUUUACCAUGUACAGUGCAACAAGUUCAUCGGUGUCUUUGCUGUUAUUUUUUGAGCCUACUAGCAUUGCUUUUGAGACACUACAGGCCAUGGUGGUUCACGGAUUUCAGUUGCUUGAGAUAUGGCUGCAUCACUCUGCAGGAGAUAUUGCAAAUUACCGAUUAUCUAAAACCUUCGAUGUAUCCCCUGCAGGUGGGUCUAAGUCUUCUUUUAUACGUACCUGUCUGUUAUUGUUGUUCAUGUGUUUUAUAUUGCAGAUUUUACAAUCCGUUGUUUUGUUAUUAUCUAAGACUUCAUAACAACUUUGGUGUUGA